AUGACGAGUAAAUACAAACCUGCGGAAAAGAUCAAGAAAAUAUAUGGAGUCUCGACAAGUACGCUCAGACGAUGGAACGAUAAGGGAGACGUUGCAUACAUCACGAUGCCAGGAGGGAAACGUCUUUACUCAACAGAUGAUAUCGACAACAUAUUCGGUCGAGAAUCCACGCAAAAGAAAAAGAUCUGUUACGCACGAGUAUCCAGUGAAAAGCAGAAAGAUGACCUUGGUAGGCAGCGUGCAUACCUCGUUUCUGAAUUUCCAGAUCAUGAGAUCAUUACCGAUAUCGGGUCAGGUCUCAAUUGGAAACGACGAGGAUUCACGUCCCUUCUGGAAAGAGUGUACGCAAGAGAUAUCGAAGAAGUUGUGGUCACCAGGAAAGACAGGCUCUGCAGAUUCGCAUACGAGCUUGUUGAAUGGAUAUUCAGUAAACAUGAUGUCAAACUCGUGGUACUCGGUUCAGAUGUUGGAUCAAACGACCCAGACACAGGAGAGCUCGCCGAAGAUCUAUUAUCUAUCGUCACGGAAAGAGAAAAGCUCAAGAAAUGGAUGGGUACAGCGAAAUGGACGUACAACAGAGCGUUAGACUUAAUAAAAAACGGAGAAUCAAGGACCAAGAAAAACUUGAGACAGAAAUGCAUCAAAGUUGAGAAUUUCAGACAUGAGAAUACGUGGGUGCUGGAGACACCGUACGGUGUCAGAGACGAAGUGUUGAUAGAAUUACUUGAAGCAGGAGAAUACGCAUUUCUCAAGAAUAUCCGUACUUCCGAAAAACUUCCAGAUAUAAAUCAUGCUGUCAAUAUUAUUCGUGACAGUUUUAAAAGAUUUUACGUUUGUGUACCUGUACCUAUCAAAGAACAAUAUCGUGAGAAUGAUGAUUUCAUCUCUAUUGAUCCUGGAGUACGAACUUUCAUGACAGGAUACGAUCCGAAAGGAAAGAUCUUUGAAUACGGUAAAGGAGAUAUCUCACGUGUGUAUCGGUUAUGUAAACGACAUGAUGAAUAUCAAAGCCAGAGAUCUGUUCUCAAAGGUGGAUCCAACAAACGUGAAAGAUACAAGUUGAAAAGAAAGAUGCUCAAGAUACAUGAUAAGAUCAAGAACCUGAUAAGAGACUGCCAUCACAAGAUCGUGAAAGAAUUAUGUGAGAAUUACAACACUAUCCUCUUACCAAGAUUCGAGACCAAGAACAUGGUAAGAAAGAAAGAUAAAGAACUCGAUAACCAAGAGUCUAAAUCUAUCAAGAAUCACAAAAAGAAAUUCAAGCGCAAGAUCAAGAGCAAGACCGCGAGGAUGAUGUUGACAUGGUCACAUCACAGAUUCCAACAACAUCUUGUACACAAGAUACGAGAGUAUCCGGGAAGGUUGUUGAUAUUAUGUGAUGAACAUUACACGUCAAAAACUUGCGGGAAUUGCGGGUACAUCAAGCAUAACUUGGGUGGUGCAAAGAUUUACCGAUGUAACAGAUGUGGUUUUGAGAUUGACAGAGACCAUAACGGUGCUCGGAACAUACUUUUGAAACAUUUGAGUCAGAGAGAUCUGACGCUGGGGCCUACCCCAUUCGAAUGA